UUUGGAUAGGUUAGCUAAGAAAUGUACAAAGACUUAUAACUUGUGCAGAGCCAUUGUACGACUCAUUAAAUCCUUCGUUUUUUGACGUUUUCGCUGCGUUGUGGUUUGUAUAAGGUCCCUGCUGUCAUGGGCUAUAAAAAGUCACUGUGUCGACGUAUCAGUGCUCUGUAUGCUUCUCUAUUUGCUAUUUAAACCUCGACAUGAAGUCAUUGAAAAAGUUGAAGCGAACAAAAGUGUGAGGGCGCUUUCCACUCUGGUGCAGCCACCGAAAAAGUCUGUUCCAUUCGCCCUAGAAAAUUUCCGGAAAUUCAUACUGGAAUUUUUGGUCGAAUGGAAUAAUCUAUUGUUAGAUUUCAGACUGUUAUUCUGAGUUGACCUUAUUCCCUACUUUGGCACUAUAAUGUCAUACCUUUGGCAGUGAUACAGUGAAAGGAUUUAUUCUAUUUCUUGUACCACCGCAUAGUGACCUAAUAGUUAAUUGUACUUAACUCUGGAAUGAGUAACUUAGGUUCAAGCUCUGACUGAGGUCAUGGUGUUGUAUUCUUGGGCAAGAGUCUUUACUCUCAGAGUGCCUCUCUCCACCCAGAUAUUAAAAUUGGUAACAGCAAAUAAUGUACUGGGCUAGAAAUACUCCUGGUUGAUACUAAAAUGUUUUGCCUGCUUGUGAAAACCAAAUGCUUUCCUACUGAAAACACAGACUUUGCCCACCUUUAACUUACUAUUGGCACACCGCUCAGUUCUUGUUAUGAACUGCUGGUAAUUUCAAUUUGUCGAUGUUCUUUGCAGAAGAAGCCACCAGCAAGAGUCAGCCUGUCAGCUGAUCAUGAAGUUCGUUUAGAGACCCUUGAACAUCAGCUCACUCGUUUGAUUCACAACACGGAAAGAACCCAAGUUUCAAGGCACUCGGGGAAAACAAAAGAAGGAGUUGAAAACAGCAACUCUGACGAGUCUGAAUCAACUGAACAACCUGAUAAAAGAAAACAAAUUCAACGAUCUCCCAAAGCUAAAAGAACACAGCGAAUGCCAGUUUCCAAGAAGGGACCAAUAAAGACGCGAACAAAGCCGUCUGUUCAUGUCACAGUCGAGUCAACAAGCUCCACAUCACCAUCAGACCAACAAGCAAAACAUCUGGCGAUCAAAGGCAAGGCAGUGACAGGACGGGCAGUCAGAGAUCCACGAGAUGAUGAAACAUAUCUGUCACUCAUUCAAGAACUAGAUUCUGAGCGUGAGCGAAGGUGGAAAGCUGAACAGGCUGCCAGAAGAAUGGUUGACGCAAUUAAAGAGAUGCAACUUAAAGAGACAGAGGAGAAGAAACUAAGGGAAGCUUCGCUGGCGGCGAGCAGUCGAUUAAAACGUGCGCUGCUUAAAGAAAAGGAAACAAAGGAUUCUCUGCAGAAAGCUCUAAAUGAAAUACAGGCACAAAAUAUUGAGCUUAGUGAAGAAGUAAAAAGGCUGAAAGAAACUGAAGAAGAACAACAAAGAGCGCUGCGAGCAUUAGAACAAGCCACAACAAAGAUGGAGACAGACAAGAUCAAACAGCAUGCCGAGGCGGUUUCCCAGUUACAACAGGAGCAGAUGAGGGUAGGCGCCUUGACAAAGGAAUGCGAACUGUCAAAACACUCAGUUAAACAACUGAAGGGUCAGGUACAUCAGCUGCAAGAACUGCUUGCUAACAGAGAACAGGAACACAGAAAAGCAGUGGAAGGCCUGGUACGAGCGGACAGCCAGGAGGUGCGAGAGAUGGUAGAUCGGGAGGUUGCUAAGCAGGAGGGUCUUCAUCAGCAGAUCAUAAAAGAUUAUCAAGACAGGCUGAACAAACGAGACGUGGACUAUGCCGCCUUGGAAGACGAGUUUAGAAUGGGUCUUCAGAUAGAAGCAAAUCGAUUCAGAGAGCUUCAGGAAGCAUUUGAACGAGUAAGCGAUGAGAGCGCUCAACAGAAAGAAGCUCUGCACACUAUUAAACAGAAGGAAAAUAAAGCAACCACCAUGGUGAACGAACUCACGGCGAUGGUGAAGGAGCAGCGUGGAAGAAUCACUGAACUGUCGCGUGGGAGACAAGAAAUAGUCGGAGAUUACAAGGAAAGAAUACAGAGUUUAGAGAAACAACUGAACGAAGCUAACAGACAGCUGACGAGAUUGGAAGUACUGGAACAGGACAAAGCUAAGUUAACGGCUCAGAUACGAGCACAAGGAUCAGUGAUCGAAGGACUGAGAACUGAAAGAAAGUUAUGGAGCGAGGAACUCGCGCAGCAAGGAUCUUCACUCGCUCAAGAUCGCGGACGAAUGGAAGCUCGCAUUGAAGCACUGACAGCUGAAGUUAGCGAACUGAAGAAGGAAUGCCAGAGUGCCAAUGAAACGAUAGCUAUCAAGUCCAAAGUUAUUGAGGAUCAGACGGACUCCAUUAGAAAACUCAAACAGAAACUUGCAGAUCAAGAUUCCGACAUGCGCCAGAAGAAAGAGGACAGCAAAGCACGCGAGAGAAAUCUUGAAGAGCAGUUAGCUGCCGAGUCAUCUGCUAAUCAGGAGCUGCAGGAGCAAAUGGAUGCGCUUAUUGAUCGCAAGGAAUCACUCAAAGAAGAAUUAAAAAAUACACAAGGCGAGCUUCAGACUUGCAAAGAAAGUCACAGGACGCUAAAAGCAAAGUGGCAGGAAAAGAGUGAACUCAUAGGCAAACUGGAGAAGGAAGUCGUAGAGAUGAGGAACAAUUUUAAGGAGAAAGAGAAAACGUUGACUGAGGAGAGAGACAAAGCUAUCCAAGCGGCCAAUUCCGCUGUGGAGAGGUUAAAAACCUGUGAUGACGCUUUCCGCAAACAACUCGAGCAAGAAAGACAGGCGCAUGAACAACAGAUUCUAACAAUGACCAAUGAAAAGCAACGUGAGAUAGAACAGGCCAACUCUAGGGUGUUAGAAGUGGAGGAUGAAAUGCGCGUACUUUUACAAGAGAAUGCAAUAACGAAGAAAACUUUGGAAAAACGCCUUCAGAAACUCACAUCGGCUUUCACUGAAAUUCAACAUGACCUAGUUGGGACGUGAAUAUACUUCACUCAUAGCGCAUCAAUGUUGUAAAUAUAUACACCUAUUUUGAAAAUUUCUGUUUUCAGAAAGAGAGAAUGUAUAUUAUUUAUAAGAAUAAAUACACUAUUUUCAUCAUUUGCUCAUCAUGCUAAAUCUUAAUUACACUACCUAGAAAUACACACACAACUGCAUAGAUACGUAUACAGGGGCAGAAGUGUAGUAGCUCUCGUGAGCUUGUAAUUCUCUUCAUUGUUAGCAGCUGUUAUUGUUUUAGGGCUAGGGGCAUUGUUUCUGUUGUUUGUUCUAUUGUCCUCUCAAAGGGUUUCAAGCCAUUCAUGUCAGACCUCACGAGAGCUGCUACCCUACCCUACACGGGCCUGUAGGUCAGCAGGGACCUCAUAUGCAGCUUAUUGCGAGCUAACUACGGCACCGUCGGAUACGAAAACUAAUGCUGUCACUCUGGGGCAGAGGUACACAGAAACAAACAAUCGCUUACAAAACCAAUCAGAUUGCAGGAUUCGUUAGCGUGCUCGCUUGGAAAAAAUAAAAGACGCUAUCCCGCCCUAUUUCGCAAGAUAAUUAUUAUACAUAUGGGUAAUACGACAAUUUGUCAACGUAGGAUAAGGGGAGUACGUAGAACUUGUCUUUUACAGACGGAAGCCAACAGGUUACGGCGCACCAUACAUGGUUCAAACGUGAAUUCGAGCAGGUUUGACCACUCAAGUUAAGCAAUUAAAAUAUCACCCUAAACAAAGAUAACUUUAGCUAGGCAUUCAACUCAGUCUUGUACUUCAACUUCCUUUAGAGUUUAAUUACUUUCAAUUUAUUAAGGUACAGUUUCUCCACAUACCAUUGGCUAAAUAAAGUCACUGACUUCAUUAAUGCGUGCAGCUUAACAAAGUUGACUUUACUAAAUCACAGUUCUGCUCGCAUAUGAAACAGAGCGAAACUGCAUCUAGGAAUGAGGAGUUGAAAGCGUUUCCACUCAUACCUGAUGCAUACUUGUCCUUUUUCUAACAUUAUUUCUGCUUGUUGUGUUAAAAUUCUCAUCCUGGAGAUAACAUGAUGUUGCUUGCUUUUAUAACAGUCACUUUAUGAACGUUGCAAAAUGCUGGAUGGUGUAACAGGAUCACCAGACGUGUGCAACAUGCUGGGCUCAACGAUGUUGCAAUAUGUUACGUUGAAAUGCUGCGUGCGUCUGUCUGGGCCUUUUUGCUCCAUACAUGGUAAAAAAGAAACGCAAAGGAAGAAGACAUGCAUAGUAAAUUGUCAAAUAAAUUGACAAAUAUUGAUAAACCUUAAACCCCCUCCCUUUACAAGGAGGAACUGAUGAAGAAAGCAAAUUUCAAGAAGUUACAUUCAAAUUGUAAACGUACGAGCAUAUGCAGAAAUGUAAACGAUUUU